UUUAAAGUUCGUUUCUCAUAACUCAAGGCAAUCAACCAAAUCUUGAAGCGCAUCAAAUAAAAAGGACAGACAAUACAAACCCAUAAAGUGCUAAGUAUAAAAAUGUCCAUAAAGUUUGACUUGCGUCGGCCAAAGGUCAGCGGGAAUGGUCGUGCGUCAUUACAGGCCAACUUGCUAAGUAAAUAACUUGAUUGAUGUAAAUGUAACAGGUGUAGGAACUGUAUGACCUUUCGACUUGCUUCUAAAUAUCGAACAGUAAAGAAAGCUUGUUAUAGCUCUGUACCUGGGCCCCAAUUCUGCUAUUUACAAUUGCCGAUAAAUGAUUGGAAAUUGGAUUCAAUUUGACACUAUUGUUAUUCUCCCAAAUAUUUUCACAAUACAAUUGGGAAUUGAGUACGGGGCGGAAAACUGACUGUCAAAACAAUAAAUUUCAGUGUGAUGUUACAUAACAUUAGGAUCAGUUAUCCGAAACUCCAAACGAUCUAUUUUAGUUUUCCUAAACAUUCUCCCAUUACUCAAACAUAGUUAAUAGCAAAACUGUAAUUUAGCGAUCAUUGCAACGAUUGCAUUGUAUUGCAAAACUAGUACUAUUGUUAAAGUAAAGAAACAGUCAAAAAAAGUGAAUUAAAGCGUUGCAUUCACAAUAAAACUGCUGGAACAAAUGAGGGCCUUGAUUAUCAUAAUAACAGCUCACACUGUACUAAGUCAACUUGAUGAGUUUUAUCCAGUCAUACCUGAAAAAUGUAAAGCAAAUGCAAACGUGAUGUACAGAAGCUGUUGUGUGUUCCCUCCUUUCUUCACACGCGAAGUGGCUAAAGAGUGCGGUGCAGGUCUAGAAUUAAUGUUCGUUGACGAAAAACAUAAUGUUACUGGUUUCAGGAGAAAGGCUUUAAAUGACUGUGACCACUGGUGGUGUGUCCUUGAUAAAUACAGUCUGCUAACUCGUGAUGGAUACCUAGACGACGAUAAGUAUUACGCUCAUCUCGACCUGUGGGUUGGACUGAACCCUAUGUUUGCAGACGCCAUGAUGGAAGCUAAAGUCCACUGCAGGCAAAACGUCAGAUUGUACUUACCACUCAUGCCAUGUGAGUUUUUCCAUCUCCACGGAUGCAUCAGGAAUUUCUUGAACAUAGACUGCCCAGUAACGGUACCAACUCAAGAAUGUGAGCAAGUGAAAGAAUACUAUAAGGAAUGUAAAGAGUAUUAUCAGAAAAAAUGAGAGCCUAUAAAAAUA